GCGCCAGCCUCUGCAUGAUACUCACAUACCACUUACUGUAUUAUCUCCAGCCGAUUAUGUCGUCGACAUCCCAGCCUCAAAAUCAUAAGGCCACGUUGUCUCGUCCGUCAAGUUGAGCCGACUGAUGUUGAAAUCAUCACGACCCAGGAUAAGCCUUCAGCCUGCUGACAUUCAGCUAGACCUCAAGGAUGGUAAUGGCUUCGACACUUUCCACUCCUGUAACAUCACACGACGCUUUGUUUACACCCUUACAUGGCUGGCGCGCAGACGGCAGAUGAAGAGGUGCCGACUUCAAAAUGCCAUGAGACACAGGCUGUGGCGCUCGGCUUGGAUCAGUCCAGCUAGCUUGUUGCGGUUUUUUCUGAGUCUUGUUGUAAGGUCAUUGCUUCUGCACAGGCUCACCUGUCAACCGUUUUCCUUUUCCAAGCCUUCAGCUCCGUCAUCGUUUCCACAAGGGAUCCCUGUGUUGAACUCCGGUCCAUCAACUGAAGGCCUCCGGACCUUGCUUUCCAACAAUCCUAUCUCGACUUUCACUCAACUCGUCCUCAUACUUGGCAUCUCUCGCAUUGUUAUGGUAACACCACCUGCACGACGCGCGUGGUUCUGAAACAUGGGGUCUUCGGCGCGAACCGACAGAAAUGGUGCCUGAAUGCAGGGGUUGAUUGGCUGCGUGUUCGAAAUGACCUCAACGCCACCACCAUUCAUUUAACACUCGCAAUGCCGAUCCCGCAACCGGUUUACACCCCAUCGCGUUCGUGACAUCAGCUGCACUUCACGA